GUAGUAAAGAACAAAAAUAUACUAAUACAGGUGUUUUUGGCACCACAUGCUACAACUAGCCUGCGUCAUUAGGAACGGGAUAAAAAUAGUAAUUUUAGAAAGAUCCACACGAAUUGUUAGUUUUUCUUGAGACUUAAUGCGGUAAAUAGAGGCAAUAAUUUCGGUUAUUUCGCAAAAGUGUUUGACAAUAUUUCGAGCUGUAACGAAAAAUUAAAAAAGAAUGUUUUGCGGAGAUUAAAACCUCAACAAAUGUCAUCCCGUUUAAAAUACUUAGUGCUUUGACAUUUACAAGCAAAUCACAAUCACGUGUAAUUAAUAUAUUUGUGGAUCUGUCGAUUAAAAAAUGCCGAAUUACUCUGAACUAUACAGUUUGCCAACUGUAAGUGCUCUCAGCUUUCCCCAUUAUAAUAGCUCGUCCCUUAGUUACAUAAAUUAUUCAAAGCCUUUAUCGCGAUAUCCCGGUGUUUAUAAACCUCAUCUGUCUACGAUAUCGGAAAUCAGUUCGCCUUACAGAAGAUUAAAUACUCCAAAGUUAACGUACCCUACAGAUAUAUCUUCGAGAACCAUCAAACCAAUCAAGGUAAUAAAUACAGCUGAUAUUGAUGUUUCUGUAAAUAGAUAUAAGAAGUACGAAAAGAAAACACCAAGAAUAAAGCAAGUAGAACCUAAGCCAUACAUUCAAGAGCAACCAGUCGAAGUAGUUAAAGAAUCUAAGCCAAAACCAACAAUAAGAAGAGACAGAGCAACAGUACGAAUCAGAACUGUUCAUGCCGAUACAGUGAAAGAAGAAAUCGGAGCAUUCAAAACAUGGAGAGACAACUUUGAGCCAAAUGAAUUAACGAACGAAGUUAAAACAAGAAAGAAAACAAAAGGUGAGAUACUAAAAGAGAAAUUUUUAAUACGUAGUCGAAGCAAGGAAAACAUCGCUGCCAUUGUUGAAACACCAAAGAAAUAUUUGCCCAAAAAGACCUCUAGCUUCCGUGAUAUCUGCACUGCCAUCACGUUAGAAAAUAUCUCCGAUGAUCUAAAUCCAGGACAACCUGUAGAGAUCCAAAGGCGCCAAAGUAGAUCUUUCUCGAGUGAAAAUCUUUUGAAGGACAUUCGGAGAGUUUCCACAGAAAUCUCGCAGGAAGACCUCAACAUACUAAACUCAAUAUUGUCCAGCCAAGAAGAAACCGAGAGUUCGGACGAAUCAGUAGUUUCUGUUAAUCUUUCAGAUUUUAGAUCCAACAGUUCAAAUAAUGAAUUCGAAUCUUCUGACAAAAGUGAAAAUGAAGUAAAAAAUAUCGAAGUUGCUUCUGAAGACGACAAAAACAAAGUUACCAGUAACUUAGAACCUGUUAAAAUUGAUCAAGAUGACACUAGGAGAGACAGUGGCCAACUUAACAAAAGUAAGUCAGAUCUAUGUAUUAAAAAACAAAAAAAAGUCUCAAAAACAAACGAUACAUUUGCUUUAAAGAGAGAUUUGACAUUACCAGAUAUUUUAUCCAAAAAAGAUAACCUUGUUAAACAUAAAUCUAAUACUGAUGGUACAAAUAUUUUAAGGAAGAAUUUUAAGGAAAGUGUAAGUACCAACGAUAGUAAAUUAAAGCCCAACUUAAAGGAAAAAAUGGAUGAAAUGAAUUCAACAAAAAAUGAUCAAGCAGCUACAGGAAACAAAGACAAUAAAGAAGAAAUUAAACCAACAACUACAUUAGCUACAAAAUUCCCAACAAAUUUAAAGAAAAAGGAAGAGGAAGUUACAUCAAAACUACCAGUUGCACCAGUAUUAAAAAAAGAAGAAAAAAUAAAAUCAGACAGCAAAAUACUUUCAAAUGAAUCAAAAAAUAAGGAAAAAGAUAAAGAAGUAGUCUCGAAGAUACAAGAAUCUGCACCAGUCAUCACAGAACAAGAGAAGCAAAUCAACUCAGGCAAUAAAAUUAUUUCAACUGGAGGAAAACUUGAAAGUAAAGAAGUUGAUUUAAAAUUAAAGAAAUUGCAGGUCGAACAAAAAGCAAAUGAGUUGAAGGCAAAUAUUUUAAAUAAAAAAAUGUUAAAUGAACAAAAAUUGAAAGCAAAAGAAGCUGAAGCAGAAAGGAAAAGUUCUGUGGAGGUAUUAAAGAAGGACAACAGGGAUAAGGCAACUGAUAAGUAUGACACAAGUUCAACAAUAAACAAAAAAGAAGAAAUAGAAGCAAAGGUACUCCAAAAUAACUCAAAACCACCAGAAACACCGAAGGAUAUAUCCAAUGUAGAAAUCCAAGAAAUUAAAUUCAAGAUAAAACCAGUUAUCACUGGAAGUGUGGAAGAUAUAGUUGUUCCUAAGAAGACUUUGGUAGCACGGAUCGACAAAGUAGAAGUAGAAGUAGAAAAACCACCUAAAUCAGACAAAAAGCUUAAAGUUAACGCUGUUAUUAACGUCCAACAAGCUAAACAACAAGAAAAAUUGAAUAAGGGAAUCAUUGCUAUUCCAAGAACAGAAACUGGUUUAGAGAAUGUCAUCAUACAAAAACAAAAUGUUAAACAGAAUUGUAAAACUAUAAAAGAACUGAAGCCUAAAGUGAAGAAAAAGAAUAAUAAUCUUGAAAAAAAUAUUAGUAAAUGUCCGAAUUUGACUAGUGUUGCAGAAGAUGGCAUUGAAGAAUCUCCAAGCAAAGCAACUACUGUUACAAAAGAAUUAACUUCAAUGCAAGAUACAGUUACAACUGAAGAAGAAUCAGCAAAUAUUUCGAAGUUAAACCUAAGAAAUAAGGAUUCCGAAGAAGCAGAAACAUCAGAAGCUGCCAAAAAGAAGGAAUCUAUCAAAAUAAUCUCCAAACGAUCGCUGUUAAAAAAACCGACCAAGGACGAUCCAGAUUUGGUCGUAUUUAUUCCACCACCAGAGCCGGAACCAGAGCCUGAGCCCGAGCAAGAAGAAAAGAAGGAAGCUUUCGUACCUCUUCAGUCCAAUCGUCUAACGCAAUGGAUGCAUCCUUGGGCUAAGCCGGAACAGUUCGAUGAGUGUCCUGUAGAAAUAUUUGCGCGACCUAAGUUAAUUAAGGGAAGACAUUAUCCCAGACCUCGCAAACGCAACAGCAAUGCUGCCGCUAUGGUACCGACAACGUCUGAAGACAAUGACAGUAAUGAUAGUGAUAGUGAAGACAAUACGUCGACUGAAGACACUAGUGCUAGUUUGCGAUCGAAUGAUUCGGGCUUCGGAUCCACGGUUCCCGAAAAACUAAAUGUUUCUCAAAGGGAGGCGGUGACCACGAACACAAACGGACCGGAAAUAGCAGAAGAAGUAUUUAUUCCACCUACCGAUAAAAUAAUUCCACCUGCUACAACCAUUCCUAGGUUUAAAAAAUAUGCUGUAGAGGACUUUGAUUUUCUUAAAGUACUUGGCAAGGGAAGUUUUGGUAAAGUACUUUUAGCCAAACUAACAGACACCGAUUACUACUAUGCAGUAAAAUGCCUUAAAAAAGAUGUGAUUGUUGAAGACAAUGAUGUUGAGUGCACUUUAAUAGAAAGAAAAGUGUUGGCGUUAGGAACCAGGCAUCCAUUUUUGUGCCAUUUACUUUGCACUUUUCAGACAGAGUCCCACCUGUUUUUUGUGAUGGAAUAUUUAAAUGGUGGAGACUUGAUGUUUCAUAUAACGACGGGGGGCAGUUUUCCCGAGGAACAAGCUCAAUUUUAUGCAGCAGAAAUUAUUUCGGGCCUUCAAUUUCUCCACAAUAGGGGGAUAAUAUAUAGGGAUCUUAAAUUAGAUAAUAUACUAUUGGACUUUGACGGGCAUGCCCGAUUGGCAGACUUUGGAAUGUGCCAGCUUCAAAUAUUUUUGGAUAGGAUGGCUGAAUCAUUCUGUGGAACCCCUGAUUAUAUGGCUCCAGAGAUUAUCAAAGGACAACAUUAUAAUCAAGCAGUAGACUGGUGGUCGUUUGGUGUUCUGUUAUACGAAAUGUUCCUCGGCCAAUCUCCUUUUAGCGGUUGCGACGAAGACGAACUUUUUUGGUCGAUUUGUAAUGAGAAGCCAGUAUUUCCAAAGGAGCUCUCUACUUACGCAACAGAUAUUUUAACCAAGUUAUUAGAAAAAGAUCAGUCGAAGCGACUAGGAACUAGAUUCAGUCCACAUGGUCUUAUUAGAGAUCACAAUUUCUUCCGACACUUAGAUUGGAAUGCUUUGGAAGCACGACAGCUGGAACCACCCUUCAAACCAAAUUUGAGGCAUCCGUUAGAUACACAGUACUUCGACACGAAUUUUACAAAGGAAGCUGUGAAAAUAACGCCAAUAACAGAAGUACAAAUUUUAGAGACCAUCGACCAAUCUCAGUUCCAAGGCUUCAGCUAUACAAACCCUAAUGCUACAGAUAAAUAAAUAGUUAGAUAGUAUGUUAAAUUUUUAUUACAAAUGGACUGUGAGAUUUUAUCAUUUGGAACAACUGUUUUUUUUUUUCAGAAGGAUAAAAUAAAUAAUAAUUAGAAUAUUGUGUAUUUGUUGUGAAACUAGGAAAUACAAGAAUAUUCUCUUGUUUAUCAGUAGGUACAGAUGUUAUGGAAUAAAAAUAAAAUGUAGGAAGAAAUUAUUAGAGCUUCAAUUCUGUUAUAUGGCAUUAAAAACUUUCACAGUUUAAAUAUUUAACUACUGUAAAAUGGGCUGAAUAGAAACAAUGGGGUGAAUAGAAACAAAACUUCACUAAAUAAUA